AGUUCAGAGAAUAUGUGCAAUUCUCCAUUUUUGUUCGAUUUCGGUUCUGGUUCGACGAUAAACCCUGAAGGCAGAAAAGAAUAACCUAACCCUAGAAAGAAUUCAAGUGCGAGAAAGAUGCGGAAUCUCUUCUCACGGCCUGGUGUGGGGCUGAGCUCACUGAAUUCGGAGCUUCAACAAUGGCGGGGGAUCCGAGUGAAGGUUUGGAACAACAACCUGGAACAGGCGUUGGUGAUAAUGCAGAGGAUAAUGAGGUCGAGCGGCAUCGAGCGGAUGAUAAAGCGAGAGCAGACUCACCACAUCAAGAACUCGGAGAAGCGCGUUUUGGCUCGCAAGAAUCUCGAGCGCAAAAUCCGAUCACAAGACCUUGCCCGGAAGCUCAAGGCCAUCCUGAUCAAGAAAGUGAGGGGUUUAUAAGAACAAUUUUGAGAAUACCGAGGGGACUUCACGCGUUGCUGCUGUUGGUUCACCACCAGUUUAUUUAUGUAGAGACUGGCGCGUCGUAGUUUUUACAUCGUAAUCACUAGACCAAACAUAAUUCAUCUGGCUUCCUUUGUUUGAGGCAUUUUUUUUUUUGUUUUUGCGUCACUCCCAUGCUAUAAGACAUGUUGGUGAUUUUGGGCAUUCCUCUCAAGCAAAGCUGCUGGGAACCUAGAUAGAGUUGGCUUAGUAGUAAGAAACUAUAUUUACUUGACUUUUUAAGUUUAAACCUUUUUGAAGUCUGUGCACAGAUUUAUCACCAAUCACAACAAUGGCCAAAUUUCACUUUUAAAAAUUUGGCAGUCGGUUAUUCAUUUCAUUGUAUGACACCGCAAGGCCAUUUUGUCAUGUCAUAUAUAACUUUAAUUUUUCAA